AUGCGACUAGGCACACUGCAUACAAAUCAAAAGCUAAUACUUUUCAAAAAUUCAACCACAACUCCGUCAACAAAACCCCUUCUUGCACAUAUUGUAUACUUCUCCAAAACCCCAAUUUCUCAAAUCUCAUCGUUAAUUUUCCGGUGAACGUUUCCGUUGCUAGUACAAAAUCUCCAGUUUUCUUCCAUCUAAUCGAGCAUUUACAAUGUCUGUGAAGACUGUUAAAGUUAGUAAUCUUUCACUAGGAGCUUCUGAUAGAGAUGUAAGGGAAUUCUUUUCUUUUUCUGGAGAUAUUGUUUAUGUUGAGACACAAAGUCAAGAUGAGCGUUCCCAAAUCGCAUUUGUCACGUUCACAGAUAGUCAAGGAGCAGAGACUGCUGUUCUUCUUUCGGGUGCAACAAUUGUUGAUACUGUUGUCUCUGUAACCCUAGACCCUGAAUACCAGCUUCCACCAGCUGCUACCGCUGCACCUAAGCAUUUUGGAAGCAAUGUUCCUGAUAGAAAUGGCUCUACUCUACGUAAGGCCGAAGACGUUGUUACCAGCAUGUUUGCAAAGGGUUUCGUCUUAGGUAAAGACGCAGUCGGUAAAGCAAAAACCUUUGACGAGAAACAUCGUUUGACUUCCACAGCGUCUUCUAAAGUUUCUUCAUUCGACAAGAAAAUUGGAUUCACCGAAAAAGUCAGCGCGGGUACGUCGGUCGUGACUGAUAAAGUCAAAGUAGUUGACCAAAAGCUUCAUGUUUCCGAGAAAGCCAAAUCAGCCUUCACAGCCGCUGAGAAUACCGUAAGCAGCGCGGGAUCCGCCAUGAUGAAAAACCGGUAUGUAUUUACUAGUGCUUCUUGGGUUACGGGCGCUUUUAGUAAGGUUAAAAAAGCAGCUGUGGAAGUUGGGCAACAAACUAAAGAGAAAGUAGAAAAGGCAGAAGAGGAUAAAAGAAGGAAAACGGUUGAUGAUUAUGCUCAAGUUCAUUUAUCCGAGCCUCCAACCGCUCCUGAUUCUACUCAGCAACCGCAUUCUUCCAAACCCGCACCGGUUACAGGUUUGGUUCUCUAGAACACCUAUAUGCUUGGAUCAUGGACUUUUUUUGUAUGUUUAUAUAUUGUCAUGAAUUGGUGUUCAUGGAACAUGAUCUCUGUAUUUUUGUUUCCGUUUAUAUGAUGUGAAUUGUAUAAAAGCAGUUGGGUGUGUAAAGUUAAUAAAUCAUAUAUUGUUGUUAUUUGAAUUGUA